AUGGGCGGCAAAGGUGAAGUAGGUGAUCAAAAAAUCCGUGCCACACAAGAUCAAUUACGGCUUGCGAGAUUAACGCAGGAUUUGUCUAUAACAGACGACGAUCGUGCGAACAUACAGAAGCUUGUGAAAAAGGUAGUGGAGACAACAAGAUGUACCGUAAGCCAGGCUGAAAUUGCUCUAUACGAUAAUAAUAAUGAUGUGCAAGAAGCAGUAAAUGCCAUUUUGGAGGAUAAUUAUCCAGAUGAAAAUGUCUGGAAAGAACAGAAAAGCAGGCGAGCGAAACGAGCCGAAGCGGAGGAAUUAAAGCAUGAAGAAUCGAAUUCUCAUAGGAACCGAAUCAAUAAUAUAAGAUCAUCGAAUAAUUUCGGAUAUGGUCGAGGGCGAGGAGCAGAACGAGGACGUAGUGGUUAUCGAGGCGGACGUGGAGGUGGUCGAGGUCCGUGUCGAGGUGGAUAUCAACACUCGUCAUCUCAAGGGCAGUUUGGCAGUAACGUGACAAGCAACGUUUGGGAUAAUUCGCAGGCAUUGAAGGUGGAUCUUGGCAAAGAAUGGACAAAUGCAAGCGCAACUGCUGUUGAUGACAGCGCUGAAGAUACAGAAUGGAAGCAGCAUGGUACACUAGUAUUUUCACGAAGUAUGACACCACCAACCACUACAACUCCUGCAGUAAACACAGUUGCCGGGAUGAGCUCGAUAACGCCAACUUCUGGACCAGUAUCGUUCGCUGCUGUUGCAGCUGCCGGAACCAAUAAAGCGAAAGAAAAUGCGCUGAAAAGUUCUCUAGGUCGAUCUGGGACAGGCGCGCCACCAGCAUUGGGACAAUCACAACUCGAGAAUGUGAAUUCACUCUACCAGAACAGUGGACUUGUCUCAACCAGUAGUCAGUUAACAGCUCCUUCCGAAGAAACAGAUAAAGGGCGUGAAGCUCGAACAUCACCCUUAGUUGGGCAUGAUGCUUCUGGAUCAACAAAUUCUGUUGCGGGGACGGCGAUGCAUGGAGCAAGUGUAUCGCAACAGUCUCGAACAAAUGCAUCUGUUCCUACUGUAACGAAUACAUCAGCGGAUUGGACCACACAGUUGAAAAAUGAUCUAGGAAUUGGUGGUGCUGCUCCUGCUACAAAACCUAAUGCAAAUCAACCGGGUUUAAUGUCCAAGUCGCCUCUGCAGAAUACUAAAGUAGGUCGAGCAACACCUCGCCAUACCACGCAUUCCAGUACUGUGGAAUUUGUGUCAGGAGAAGCAAAUGGCCCAACGUUGCCCGAAUAUCAGUUCGGUUUUCACGUUGACUCAGCGACGGGAAGUGAUGAACAUGGUGAUGAUGUGUACGGUGCAUCGGCUAAAUCUCGAUCCUUGAAUAACCAGACUGCUAAGGGUGAAAUGAAUGCCGAUUCAUCAUCAUCCAUGCUUUCAAAUGGACCAGUGGGCGAUUAUUCAUCGUCAAUAAGUUCACAGCAGCCAAAGAUAUCAUCCGGGAACGGUAGUGUUUCUAUGCCUCAAUCUUCACCUGCAGUACAUCAAACAAACACAAUCCAACGUCAGCCAGUUACAUCCGGGUUGUCAUAUGCUGAUACAUCAAGUAUGUCAUAUCCAUCGUCUGAUAGUCGAAAUACGGCCAAGUUACCGCUUUCACUACAUCAUCAGCAGCAAACACCACAUACACUUUAUACUACAACGCAGUUGCCAUAUGCCAACUAUCCAUAUCUAAAUAUGUACAGUCCAAUGGCAGGAGUACGACAAGAUGAGUAUGCUGCAGCAUUGGUACAGUACCCAUUCGGGGUUGGACAAUUUGAUAUGAACUCGCUGUCAACAAUGUUGCCUCCAGCAGCAGCAAUUGCGUCACAACAACAGCAGAAUCAGCCACCACCUCCAGUUCAGUCGCAACAUCAACAGCGACCGGACCAGCAUCCCAGCAUUGUUGAUCUCUCGAAAGCUUAUUUGGCGACGGCUGCGGCUGCAGCAGCAAAUAACACAAUAGCGAGCGGAACCGGCUCUGGUAUAUUGGGUAAUCAACAACAGCGUGACUCAACUGCAGUGAACAGUUCUGCGGUUGCUCCACCACCCGGUUUCAGCGGUCCACCAGCUGCUGCGUUUACACUUCCUCAGCACAAUCACAUCAAUUCAAUAUUCCAAGUACCGCCGGCUGCCUACCAUCCACAAAUUAACCAGUUGCCCUUUUCAUUUAUGUUACCGAAUGUUACUAAUGGACAACAUAAACUAAAUCAUCAAAUGUUUGCACAACAGAAUGUUGAGGAUUCGCUUUCUGACCAGCGUCUUUCUUCUCAACAGCAAAAGGUUUACCAGAGUCAUCAACAACUGGAUAAGUACGGCAGUUCAACUAAUACAAAGGAUCGUCUAGGAGCAGGUGCACAAGCAACGCCGCCGCCGCAGGUGUAUCAAACACAAGGAUAUAUGUCACAGAUGCCACUGCAUGGUCACAAGAAAGCAUAUGGUGGCGGACCGCAACAUUGGAGCGCGUCGUAG